GCAUGGGGGGGCGGUGGGGGCAGCCGGGCCGGCUGGGGCGGGACGCUGCCUGGGGACUGGACGCAGAGCAGGCCCGGCAGCCCCAAGCCCCACCAGGUGGGUGACAGCCACUGACGGCUCUGAGCGUCCCCGCAGGCUGGUGGCCGGCUGCCCGCCCGUCUCCUGCACCAUGUCGGACGGCGAGGGCCCCUCGGCCGAUGACAGCGCUUCCGCCGCGAGUAGCAUGGAGGUGACGGACCGCAUUGCCUCCCUGGAGCAGCGCGUCCAGAUGCAAGAAGACGAUAUCCAGCUGCUCAAAUCGGCGCUGGCCGACGUGGUCCGGCGGCUGAACAUCACGGAGGAACAGCAGGCGGUGCUGAACAGGAAAGGACCUACCAAAGCAAGACCACUGGUGCAGACCUUGCCCUUAAGAACCACCAUCAACAAUGGCACCGUGUUACCAAAGAAACCUAGUGGCUCUCUGCCGUCCCCCUCCGGGGCCAGGAAAGAAACUGCUGUGGCAGCGGCAGCCAAAAGUACCAUCAAGAGGACCAGCUCCUCCGAGCGAGUAUCUCCUGGCGGUCGAAGGGAAAGCUGCGGAGAUUCCAAAGGAAACCGAACCCGCACGGGAUCUACAAGCAGUACUUCCAGCGGCAAAAAGAACAGUGAAAGCAAACCCAAGGAGCCCGUCUUCAGCGCAGCGCUUCUGUCCCUGUCUCCGAAAUCACAAGGGAAACGCCGGGUGAUACACUGCAAAGAAGAGGGAUACGUAAAAAUGUUUCUUCGCGGACGCCCUGUUACCAUGUACCUGCCCAGAGAUCAAGUGGACUCUUAUAAUUUGGAAGCAAAGGUAGAGCUUCCCACCAAGAGACUGAAACUGGAAUGGGUCUAUGGGUACCGGGGUCGCGACUGUCGUAACAACCUGUACUUGCUUCCAACGGGGGAGACAGUGUACUUCAUCGCCUCCGUGGUGGUGCUGUACAACGUCGAGGAACAGCUCCAGAGGCACUACGCCGGCCACAACGACGAUGUGAAGUGCCUAGCAGUUCACCCUGACAGGAUCACGAUAGCAACGGGACAAGUCGCUGGGACAUCUAAGGAUGGAAAACAAUUGCCCCCACACGUGCGCAUCUGGGAUUCUGUGACGCUGAACACACUGCAUGUCAUUGGAGUUGGGUUUUUUGACCGAGCCGUUACCUGUAUCGCGUUCUCAAAAUCUAAUGGAGGAAGCAAUCUCUGUGCCGUGGAUGACUCCAACGAGCACGUACUGUCCGUGUGGGACUGGCAGAAAGGAGAACGGCUGGCCGACGCAAAGUGUUCUAACGAAGCUGUAUUUGCUGCGGAUUUCCACCCCACGGACACGAAUAUAAUAGUUACUUGUGGAAAAUCACAUCUCUACUUUUGGACCUUAGAAGGAAACUCCCUUAUUAAGAAGCAAGGACUGUUCGAGAAGCAAGAAAAGCCAAAGUUUGUCCUCUGCGUGACUUUUUCUGAAAAUGGCGACACCAUUACUGGAGAUUCAAGUGGCAACAUCUUGGUGUGGGGAAAAGGUACAAAUCGGAUAAGCUAUGCAGUUCAAGGGGCCCACGAGGGUGGCAUUUUUGCACUUUGUAUGUUAAGGGACGGCACACUGGUGUCGGGAGGAGGGAAAGACCGAAAGCUCAUUUCUUGGAACGGAAACUAUCAGAAGCUUCGUAAAACUGAGAUUCCAGAACAGUUUGGUCCAAUCCGGACGGUGGCCGAGGGGAAGGGGGAUGUGAUCUUGAUAGGCACAACCAGAAACUUUGUUCUGCAAGGCACCUUGUCAGGGGACUUUGCACCCAUCACUCAGGGUCACACUGAUGAGCUCUGGGGACUGGCCAUCCAUGCCUCAAAACCUCAAUUCUUGACCUGUGGGCAUGACAGGCACGCCACUCUCUGGGACGCUGUUGGCCACCGGCCCGUCUGGGACAAAAUAAUAGAGGAUCCAGCUCAGUCUUCUGGUUUUCAUCCUUCAGGGUCUGUGGUUGCAGUUGGAACACUGACUGGGAGGUGGUUUGUGUUUGACACGGACACAAAAGACUUGGUCACCGUUCACACGGAUGGAAAUGAACAGCUCUCCGUAAUGCGUUACUCCCCAGACGGGAACUUCUUAGCAAUCGGCUCCCACGACAACUGCAUCUACAUCUACGGGGUCAGCGACAACGGGAGGAAGUACGCUCGCCUUGGCAAGUGCUCGGGUCAUUCCAGCUUCAUUACUCACCUGGACUGGUCUGUGAACUCACAGUUCCUCGUGUCCAAUUCCGGAGACUAUGAAAUCCUGUACUGGGUGCCCUCUGCUUGUAAGCAAGUCGUAAGUGUGGAAACCACGAGAGACAUUGAAUGGGCUACGUACACCUGCACUUUGGGGUUCCAUGUCUUUGGAGUGUGGCCAGAAGGCUCGGACGGAACCGACAUCAACGCUGUCUGUCGGGCCCACGAGAGAAAACUCCUGUCCACCGGCGAUGACUUCGGCAAAGUGCACCUCUUCUCUUACCCCUGCUCACAGUUCAGGGCUCCUAGCCACAUCUACGGUGGACACAGCAGUCACGUCACCAACGUCGACUUCCUCUGUGGCGACAGCCAUCUCAUCUCCACGGGUGGCAAGGACACAAGCAUCAUGCAAUGGCGGGUCAUUUAGUCCCGGCGAGAACCACGGGGAGCAGAACAGGGGCCGGCACGGACUCGUGCUCCGCCCCGCCACUGUGAUUUCUGUUUUGUUUGAGAAGUUCUGACAAACCUCAGGAAAACCACUCCCUCUACCAGUCACCUUAGCUUAGCGCACCAGUGAGCGUCACACCGGAUCAGUGGUUCACGGUUCUCCUCUGUUGUACAGUCUAUAAAACAGUGCACAUUUAAUAUUAAAAAAGAUGCCAAGGUUUACAUUACGGCGAUAGCAGCAGAAGUGACUGGCAUAGCCUUCGUAACUUUUCUACGAACCCUUCAAACCUGGUCACAGAAUGCCUUUUAAAAUAUUGUACAUAGGCUUUCCUAUUUCACCAUCUAGCUCGCCAAGUCAAGUAUUUAUGAAAACGAUGAGGUACCGAAUUGUGAUCGCUGUUGGCUAAUUGGUCCUGGAAAGGAUAAACCGAAUGUGAAAGGGAGCGGGUGACUGAUUCGCACAGCCGGAUCAGGCAGGGCAGAUAGGACUUCAUGGGGCUACAUUUUCUAAGGGUUCGCUCAGCCCUCCCUCUGGGAGGCUGAUGAGAAAGGGCUUGUAUUCUCCUUGUGUUAAGCAGAUUGUGCUCCAGGUCAGUUAAGUAUGUCAGCAGGGCAUAUAGGCAUUGCAGAGUUUCAGUCACACUGUCUGCCUGACCGGAUGCAGUCAGCCGCUUCACACCCUUCUGUUCCCCACUCACGUGGCCUGGAGAGUGGCAAAGACAUUGAGCCACCUUCCUCUGUAUAGUAAUUGGCAUGAAACGGUAUUGUACUUGUAUAGGACUAGCAAUUCCUAAUAAAUACAGAAGGCUAGGCUUUACUAUUUUAUGCUCAUGGACAUUGUAUAUUUGUAUUUUAAGACCAAGUAGACCAAGUCAAAACGGUAUCUCUUAAGUGUACAAUAAACCCACAGCGGGGAGAAGUUCUGGAAGGUUCCACCAGGUACCAAGGGCAGCUUCUUUUCCUGUCUCUUGUGCCUGGGUGGCUCAUCACGCUACAAAAUAAGAUUGCGUUCUGACGACUAAAACACAGAUGGCAUACAUUUGUCAAGAAGGCCUUAUCCAUUGGGACUGUGUGACAGAUUGAAAUUUAUUGUUUACAUUGGGGAAUGUAUCUCAGAUUUUAAAAUAGAAGAGUAAUAAACAGACUUCAAAACAAAUGCUAAGAUUUCUACUUGUUCUAGGCCAGGAAAUGAGUGGAAUUAUCUGACCUCCACGGUGCUGGUUGUUCAGAGUGGCUGAUUAAGCACAACACUUGGAAGCAUUUCUAUCACAGCUCCCGCCUGCCACGGACGGGCAGGGCACCGGUAACCAGCGUCUAUUAAAGAUGAAUCUGUUUGUAUGUAUCCUUAUCAAAUAUAUUCUAUGAUGAAAUUAAAUCUGAAAAGGAUUUCUUAUCGACCUAUAACCAUGAAACUAUAUAAAUUAAAAGAUUUAAAAUUA